AUGCUGUUGAUUCGGGGCUUGCAUUGGAGGAUCUGGGGGCUGUGUUGCAGGGAAAGAAUUUGGACACGAUUGUCGUACCGAAAGUGGAAAGUGCGGGAGACCUGUCAGUUCCUGCCCACUCUCAUCCCCACACGUCCUCAUAAUUCUCGCUCAACCCCCCGCCUCUCGGGUCUAAUGUUUGCGGCGGAGGACUUUGCAAAGGACCUCUCCAUAACACGCACCCCCUCGCUAACCGAAUUCCUCCUCGCCAGACAGACGAUUGUCAUGGCGGUGCGGGCAUACGGCAUCCCAUCCGCGAUAGACCUGGUCUGCACGUCCUACCGGGACGUCGCGACUCUCGAGCGGGAAUGUCUGGACGGGGUAGGGAUGGGGUUUAACGGGAAACAGGUCGUACAUCCUUCGCAGGUGGAUGUCGUGCAGAGGUUGUUCCUGCCCGGAGAGGAGCAGGUGCGGGCAGCCGUCAAGGUGUUGGUCGCCGAAAAGGUUGCGGAGGCGGAGGGGAGGGGGAGUUGGGGGCUUGACGGGCGGAUGGUCGAUAGGCCGGUUAUUGAGGCCGCGAGAGGGAUUGUGGGGAAGAUGGAGGCUUCUGGGGUGGAUAUCGGUGGUGUUUGGGGGGCGGAGAAGGGGACGAAACCAGAGUAG